UUUCAGAUUAAAAUAAAGAAAACCUUGAGUGUGUUUUGUCAUUGAAUGCCUCCCAAAAGUGAAGCUGAUAGGGAAGAUGGAAGAAAUUAAUAAAAAGCGAUCUUCCCGACGUGCCAAUAAUGUUUUCCCAGCGCCACCUCCAUUACCAAAUUAUCGGCGGAAGGGGGUAGUAAUAAGCAACGGAUCAGCUGUAAGAGGAAACAGAUGUGUGUCAACAGCAGCCAGGGAUUUUUGGGAUAGGUUCUUUGAUAGAGGCUAUAAAGCUGAUGUUGCCAUUAAAACUGAUAAUGGUGGCAUCAUCCGUGCACAUUCUAAUGUUCUUGUCAUGGCUUCUCCUGUGUUAAGGGGUAUGGUGAAAAAGGAAAAAAGGUUUGGUCAAAAGAGAUCAAUUUCAAUCCAUAUACGUGGUGUUCCACGUGAUGCAGCUCAGAUUUUCAUUCGAUUUUUGUACUCUUCCAGUUACGAGAAAGAAGAAAUGAAGGGAUUUGUGCUGCCGUUGUUGGUGCUGUCACACGCAUAUGUUGUUCCUCAGUUGAAGCGAGUUUGUGAACAGCAACUUGAGCAUGGAUUGCUAACCAUUGAAAAUGUAGUCGACGUCUUCCAGCUUUCAAUACUGUGCGAUGCUCCCCGGCUCUCGCUGAUCGCUCACCGUAAGAUCCGAAUGAACUUGAAGACGGUUUCCGCAACCCAAGGGUGGGAAGCAAUGAAGGAAAGUCAUCCGACACUCGUAAAAGAACUUGUGGAAUCCAUGAAUGACGGAGAAAAUGGAAAGGAUAUUGUUCACAGGGAUCAGAAAACCGGGAAAUCAAAUGAGCAGCAGAUCUACAUUCAACUAUGCGAAGCAAUGGAGGCUCUCGUUCACAUUUUCAGAGAUGGAUGCAGGACAAUUGGUCCACAUGAUAAGGAUUUGAAAGAUGACCGAACAACCUGCAAAUAUGGAGCCUGCUGCAAAGGGCUGGAAUUGCUUGUUCGGCAUUUUGCAAGUUGCAAGCUCAGAGUCCCUGGAGGCUGCGUUCAUUGCAAAAGAAUGUGGCAGCUACUCGAGUUACAUUCCCGUCUCUGCACCGAUUCGAAUUUGUGUCGAGUCCCUUUAUGCAGGAACUUCAAGGAGAAGAUGAAGAAACAAAGCAAGAAGGACGAGAUCAGGUGGAAAAUACUAGUGAAAAGGAUAUUAAGAACAAAGAGAAAUGAUGGAGCUGUACCAUUCUCUGUCUCCUCAAAUUCCAUCUCUUCAACAUAAACCCAACCUUUUACUCAACCUCUGCCCC